AGCUAUUAUUGCAAAACAAGAGCAAAAGAACGAGGAAACGCAAAACCGAUAGAAAAACCCGCGUGGAAUGGCGUCCGUCGAAACAAAACCGAAAGCUGUUGAGCCGGAAGCGGAAAACGUCGACGAUAAGGACGAUGUUGACGAGGAAGUGCCGGAUGAAAACGUGCCCGCCGGAAAGAAGAAGAAAAAGCGCUCUAAGAAACCGAAGAAAACAGCUGCCGAUCUGGAAGAUGAUGAUGUAUUGCGCGAAGCGAUAGCCGAACGGCAAGCUGAGGACCGCAAGAAGCUAGCGGCGGCUCAGAAAGCUGCCAAGGAGCAAGCCAAGAGCCAGAAAGCAGCCGAAGCAGCAGCUAAAGGUCAAACAAAAGAAGAAGGUGGUGAAGAGGAGGAGGAUGGCGACGAGGAGGAAGAAGAUGGUGCAACCGGAGCCGAUGGUAAGAAAAAGCGAAAGAAGCGCAACAAGAAGAAGCCAGCGGCAAAUGCGCUCGUUGCACCGUCGGUUCCGAUCGCGGAACAGUUUGCCGAUGGAAAGUUCCCCGAGGGACAGAUCAUGCAGUAUCCGGAUUCGACCACGGCCAAGGAUCGAUUCACGAACGAAGAGAAGCGAGCGCUCGAUCGGAUGCAUCUGGACAUUUACAACGAGCUAAGGCAGGCCGCGGAAGCACACAGGCAAACGCGUCAGUACAUACAGAAGUGGGUGAAACCGGGCAUGACGAUGAUCGAGAUCUGUGAGGAGCUGGAAAAUACGGCCCGUCGUUUGAUCGGGGAAAAUGGACUCCAGGCUGGGCUUGCUUUCCCGACUGGAUGUUCGAGAAAUCACUGUGCCGCGCAUUACACGCCGAAUGCUGGCGAUCCGACAGUGCUGCUGUACGACGAUGUCACGAAGAUCGAUUUCGGAACCCACAUCAAAGGACGCAUAAUUGAUUGUGCGUUCACGCUGUCGUUCAACCCGAAGUACGACAAGCUGCUGGAGGCGGUUAAGGAAGCGACGGAAACGGGCAUCCGGGAGGCCGGUAUUGAUGUGAGGCUGUGCGAUAUCGGUGCGGCCAUCCAGGAGGUGAUGGAAUCGUACGAGGUGGAACUGGACGGAAAGACGUACCAGGUGAAAGCCAUCCGCAAUCUGAACGGUCACUCGAUCAGUCCGUACCGGAUCCAUGCCGGCAAGACGGUACCGAUCGUAAAGGGCGGUGAAACGACACGCAUGGAGGAGAACGAAUUCUACGCAAUCGAAACGUUCGGCUCGACCGGCCGUGGUCUGGUGCACGACGAUAUGGACUGUUCGCACUACAUGAAGGAUUUUGACGCGCCGAAAAUGCCUCUGCGACUCCAAUCGUCCAAGCAGCUGUUGGGUCUGAUUAAUCGCAACUUCGGCACGCUCGCGUUCUGCAAGCGCUGGCUGGAUCGGGCAGGUGCCACGAAGUAUCAGAUGGCGCUGAAGGAUCUGUGCGACAAGGGCAUCGUGGAAGCGUACCCACCGCUGUGUGAUGUGAAGGGCAGCUUUACGGCACAGUACGAGCAUACGAUUAUGCUGCGACCCACCUGCAAGGAAGUCGUUUCGCGCGGCGAUGAUUACUGA